UACCGUUCUGACUCAAGAAAAAAAGUUACUUUGGGAUAAUUUUCUAUCAAAAGUCACUUAGCAUUCGUCUUUGGUUCCUUCUGCUCUCUCUAGAUAUGGAAGUUAAGGCAAAAGGAAUAUCAGUCUACGACAGGAAUAGUGAAUUAAGAUUGUUUGAUGAUUCAAAGGUUGGUGUUAAGGGACUUGUGGAUUCUGGGAUAUCGAAAAUACCUCGUAUUUUCGUUCACGAUUAUCAAGUUAAGAAGCUUGAGCAGAAGUCAAACUGUAAAAACUCUCAAUUUAAUGUUCCCAUCGUUGACUUUGAUCGAAUUUAUGAAGACAAAGCUCGGCGUUAUGAAAUCGUGGAGAGAAUUCGAGAUGCCUGUGAAAACUGGGGAUUUUUUCAGGUAAUUAAUCAUGACAUUCCACUAAGUAUUAUGAAUCAAAUGAUUGAUGGGGUACGAGGAUUUCAUGAACAAAAAUCUGAGAUGAAGAAACAAUACUAUUCGCGAGAUGUUACUAAAGGGUUUAUAUAUAAUAGCAAUUUUGAUCUUUACCAAGCCCCUGCAGCUAAUUGGAGGGAUACUAUAUCUUGUGUUAUGGCUCCUAAUCCACCAGACCACAUAGAUUUGCCUCCAAUUUGCAGAGAUAUAUAUUUUGAAUAUUCAACCUACAUGAUGAAAUUCGGGCAUACUCUUUUCGAGUUGCUUUCUGAAGCUCUUGGUCUUGAUUCAUCACACCUGGAAAACAUGGGUUGUACCGAAGGACUUUUCGUCUUAGGUCAUUACUAUCCGGCAUGCCCUGAACCCGAGUUGACUUAUGGCACUAGCAACCAUUCUGAUAGUGGCUUCCUUACCGUUCUUAUACAAGAUCAUGUUGGUGGACUUCAAAUCCUUCAUGAGAAUAAAUGGAUUGAUGUUCCCCCAACAAAUGGAUCUCUAGUUGUAAACAUUGCUGAUCUUUUGCAGCUUAUUACCAAUGACAAGUUCACAAGUGUGAAUCAUAGAGUACUGGCCAAGAAGAUAGGUCCAAGAAUGUCAGUGGCAUCUUUCUUCAGAACACAUUUUAGAGAAGGGGCUGCAUCAAAAGUUUACGGACCGAUAAAAGAACUUUUGUCUGAAGAAAACCCCCAAAUUUACCAGGAGAUAACCACAAGGGACUACCUCACACAUUACUACAAUAAAGGGCUUGAUGGUACUUCUGCACUGUCUCGUUUUAAAAUCCAUUAAUAAGACUUGGUGAUUUGAACAAUCAUUUAGAUUUUCUGGUUGUAUAUGCUUUAAGCUUUCUGUGUUCUGUUGAAGACACUAUCGUCAUUAUUAUAUAAAUGAAAACAAAGUUUUCUCGUUUU